UGGACUUUGUUUUGUAGUAGGCCCAGACAUAAUGCAGUUCUAGGAUGUUCUAUCGAUAUCAAACGCUUAUCAUGCUGGAGUAAAGGCAAUUAUAUCGCUUUGGUUCGGAUUUACUAUUAAAGAGUAAAGGAUUUUAUCUGGAAUGAGAGCAAUACCCUUAGCCUGCCAGAAUGAACCAUACAUUGAAGGACUGACGCAGGGGAUAUAAAAAGAUGAAGGUUUCUAAAUGGAAUAUGGACGAGUGUUACCUUAGACACGAAGAGAAGAUAGGUCGUCUGUUUGGCCUCUAUGGACGAUUUCUGGAGCGACACCCUGUUAAAAUCCUGGUUAUCGUCAUCGCAAUGAAUUGUCUCCUUGGUCUAGGUAUGCUUCGACUCGAGGUAGAAAGUGGAGCAGAGCGACUCUAUACACCAGUUAACAGUCAGGCCUCCAAAGACAGGGACUAUCUAGAGAACAUCUACCCUAGUGAACGGGAUUUUAAAUCAGUUGAUGCAUGGGAAGUGUUAAUUCUCACGAAAGAUAGAGGAAAUAUGCUGACGUCAGCGUUUUUAGAUGAUAUCAAGUCUGUUGACAAUUAUAUUCGAAACUUGAUUUUCAUCACUGCAUCGGAAGCAGCUUCUACAUUUACUGAAUUGUGUCUUAAUCGGAUCGGUGUUUGUCUAGUAUCGGGUGAUAUCUUUUUGUCGAAUGAUUUCACACAAAAUAUGUUAGCGAAUAAUAUAACAUACCCCAUAUUCAAGCAGACGUCUUUAUCUUCUCUUCUUGCGAGUCCCUCUGCGUCAAACGGGUUACUUACGUCUGCCAUCGGAGUAAAGCUAACAUACUAUCUUCGUAGCGGUUAUUCAGAUCAGUUUAUUAAUGCCAUUCCGGGUGCUAUUGUUACAAUCUCAGAAUUAGCAUACUCGUGUUCCAGUGCAUUAGAUGACGAAAUUGAAAAGAACAUAGGAGGAGACAUUUUGUUCUACGUUUUGACAUUAGCACUCAUGAUGACGUAUGCUUCCAUUGCCACCUCGAGAAUGAACUGUAAUUUUAUAGCAGACAGAAGUUUUUUAGGCCAGGCUGGAGUUUUUGCGGCUGUUCUAUCUGUCUUGCCUUCCUUUGGUUUUGUGAGUCUUAUCGGAGUGAAGUAUAUGAGCAUUGUGGGCGUCAUCCCUUUUCUUAUCAUAGGAAUCGGAAUCGACGAUGUUUUUAUCUUGAUGUCGGGUAUAGCUGAUGCUAAGUCUAUUAAAAAAUCCAGCGUAUCGGACAGAAUUUACUUCAUGAUGAAGACCAGUGGAAUAGCCAUCACCAUAACGUCCGUGACAGACUUUCUUGCUUUUCUCAUUGGAGCCAGUUCAAUCUUCAUUAGUGUCAGAAACUUCUGUAUUUACAUUGGUGUGGCUGUGCUUUUCUGUUACUUCAAUCAAAUGACUAUAUUUUCUGCAUGCAUAGUCAUCCAUGAAAGGAGAAUCAAAAGCAAUCGACAUUGUGUGGCAUGUUGUGUAACAACAAAGGAUAAAGAAUCGUUGAGAGAAGAUGGGGAAACAGGAUGCUUACUUUACGCAUGUGCCGGGUAUCCACCUAAAGAUCGCAGAGAUGUUGACAGUCCUCUGGAGAGGUACCCAAAAAAACUCAUUCAAAAGAUUGUUAGUUAUUUGGCACUAAAGAUUAUGAUUAUAUUUUGUUUUGCGAUUUACAUUGGAUUUUCUGUGUAUGGUGCCGUUCACCUCCGACAAGGAAUUUCUCUACAAAAUAUUGUUGCGGAUGAUUCUUUUUUUCACAAAUACGCCACCUGGCUUGAAGAAUAUUUUAGAACAGAGAUAACACUGUCUUUUAAUGUGAAAUAUAAUCAGACAUAUUCGUCUGCAUGGACACAGAGUGUCCUAACGUCGGUACAAAAUACGGCGAAGAAGGACAAGGAAAUAGAUUCAAAUUCUGAAUUAAACUGGUUGACGGCCUUCAAACAAUCAACUCUGUAUGUUGAUACUUCGGAAUCUGCGUUUAUUACCGCUCUCCAGACAUUUUUGACAAAUAUGACACAGUAUGCCAGUGAUGUAGUCAUCGAUUCAACUGGAUCGACUAUCAUCUCGUCCCGUUUCUACUUGAAAACCAACAACUUGAAAUCAACCUACGACCAAGGUCAAAUGAUGUUGCGUAUGCGGGAAGUGACAGAUAAUUCUGCAAUUCCAAUGAUAGUAUAUUCUGACCCAUUCAUUUUCUUUGAACAAUUUGUUGAAAUUCUUCCAAGCACGUUGCAAACUGUCGGAAUCGCCAUCGUUGUUAUAAUAGUCGUCACCAUCUUCUUCAUGCCUCAUCCAACCCUUAUCACCAUUAUAGCGGUGUCCUUAUUUACCAUACUUCUUGGAGUGUUUGGAUUUAUGUACUAUUGGGAUAUUUCCCUCAGUUCCAUAUCCAUGAUACACCUUGUCAUGACUGUAGGGUUCUCGGUAGAUUUCAGCGCCCAUAUCUGCCACGCCUAUCUUGCCGUAGACUCGGAUAACAGAGAUGCUAAAGUUCAGCUUGCCUUGGACAGGUCAGGAGGACCAAUAUUCAAUGCUGCGGUUUCCACGCUCCUGGGGGUCUCUGUCUUAGGAUUUGCCAACAGUUAUAUUUUUAAAACGUUUGGAAAGCUGAUGUUCCUUGUGAUAUUUAUCGGUCUUGCCCAUUCGGUGCUUUUGAUUCCAGUGAUCCUCUCGUUUAUUGGUCCACUGAAUAACAAAGGAGAAGACAAAGAAAGCGGAGAAACGUCACCCAUACCUGGGCCGAAUUCUAAAGCAAGAUCAGGUCCAGUUUAAUGAUUGACAACCUGUUCUUUGAUCAUUUAGGGUGCCAAGGGAAAGUAAAACUCUAAUGAAAACUAUAGCGAAGAAACUCUAUAGAUUAUCUAAUAAACAAAAAUAUGUCCUGUC